AUGGCCGACCAUAACGAAGAUACUUCCUGGCUCGCUACGAGCGAGUUGAGGAUUGAGGAUCUUGUUGAUCUUGAUCUUUAUGAUCACUCUGAAAGUUCUAGAGAAAUCCAGGCCCCUCACAUACGUGCUUACGAUGAGUUGAUGCUUGAGCGGAGGGCUACUCGUGUUGGUGCGCAUGAAGAACACCCACCACUAACAAUAUUAACUAAAUCCGGACGAAUUUCUUCGUCUGCGCGUUAUAUUGAACAUGUUGACUUUCUUCCUGAGUAUCCGCGCACGGAUAGUGAUGGGUAUGCCUAUAUUGUCCAUCUAGAUACUUCUGAUCCAGAGAAACUUCGAACAAAGGAGGUUCAUGACCGAAUGAGAGAUAUUCAAUACUGCAAAAAGGUUGUUGGUACUUCGCAGGUUGUCUAUUCGUCUUAUCUCAACUGCCAGACUCUUCGCACAGACCUUAGGUGUACUGGGGCUAAGGUUUGCCAAUAUCUUGGGUCUCAGCUACGUGAUUUCCAACAUAGCCAUGUGAAUGAAGAGCUAUGGGAUAGUAUCCAGGAGACCCGAGCUUCUAUCGAGGACGCAAGAACUCUUACACAUAGUCAGAGACAAGCAAUUGCACUUGUUGAUGCAGCGAAGAAGAGGUUUGCCCAAAGGAAAGCCUGUCGCAGUCAUACACAAACAUGCCAUCUUGUGUUCCGCGAAGGGCGCCCAGAUAUCCAUGGGGUUAUUACCUAUUUUCUUGCGUGUAUCCACGGAAGAUUUGCAGUACGGGAUCAUUACUACUUACCUAUCAUGAAGGAAGGUGUAGACUUCGAGUAUAUGCGUCAGCUUUGCACGAAUACCGCAGAAUUUGCCUAUGAGGACUGCGCAGUAGUAGAGCAGCAAGUCUCGCGAAAAACAACAUGUGGCCAAGUUCAUCCCCAAGGAGAGGCUCAGUUAGUCCGGACUGAAUGUGAAGUUCGUUUCAAGAUCUUCCAGCCAAUCAAUCUCUUAGAGAACCCAUUCGUUAUCUUCCUCUCAUCUGAAAUACAUUGCCAUAUUCCACCACCGCCGAGCCGGCCGCCAAGAUCGAUAUUAGGGGAGGUUCUUGAGCUAAUCAAACGCAUGCAAAGUCCUGACCUUACAACAAGCCUCUUUCUGCGUAGUCCUGAACUUCGCGACUUCUGCAAGUUAUACCGUGGAGAAACUCUCUCUCAGAUCCACGCAAGCUUUGCGAACUAUGACCGUAUUAGGGCGCUUAUAUUAAAGCAAAGGAUACUAGCCUAUCCUGAAGGCAGAGAUCUUGAAGGAGUUUAUUGGAAGUAUACAAACGAUCCCGAAUGGCGCGAAUAUACUCGGGGGAUUUACAACGUUCCCUAUAAUGAUGGAGUAAUUAUUCUAUGCGCACUAGACUCACAGAUUAAGCUUCUUGCAUCUGUUAAGUCUUUUGAGGUUGAUAUGUCGUAUAAACGUACGAAGGGUGAAUUUAACGAAGUGAUCUUUGCAAUGUUUCACGAGAAGCAUGGAAAAGUUAUUACUCUUGCACGUGCUUUUGUAAACCGGCAGGAUAAAUAUACCUAUAAGAAGCUUUUUGAGGUCCUCUUUGAGCGUGUAGAAACAGUGACUGGAUUUCCAAUCCGCUUCUACUAUCUAUAUGGCGAAGGCUUAAGGGCAAUUGUGAUGGAUAUGGACCAAGGUCAGUUCGUUGGUCUUGGUCUCUACCUUCAAAGGCGUGAUCCAGAAAAUCGAGAGUGGACAUGGCAGUUACGCAAUAUUAUCCUUUUCUGCCAUAUCCACUUUAAACGUACAGUACGAAAGAUGGUGCCUUCUGAAUUUGGGCGUGUUCAUUCCUCUGGUCAAACACGUCUAAAUAGUCUCCUCACAAGCCCAACAAGUGAGGAGUAUUUUGAGUUGAUCAACGUCAUUAAAGAGCUCGAACCACGCUUCUUUGACUGGGCUGAACAUAAGGCACAUGAGGUAAUUGCAGCAGGUCUUUGUAAGGCUUGCUCACUAAUAAGGCCUGAGUUCUGGGAUGAAGUACAGAACUCUACUAAUGCGGUUGAGCAAUCUCAUAAUAAAUCCUACUCCAUGGGAAAGUACGAGACGUUACUUGGGGCAAUUCAAGGAUCUCGUAUUCUAGAUCAACGGGAUAUGGAUCAGUAUACUGCUCGCGAACGACAUGAUCUCCGACAUGGAUAUCGGUCUGCUGAUAUAAGGUCACGUUACGCAAACCAUAUGACAAAUGAACUUCGGUAUACCGCACGUCAAGAGCAGCAAUUGCAAGCUACUCCUCAGGCUUUGUACGAAGAAGAAGAGGGUCUUAUACCACAAGGUCAAGAUCUCGGACACCUAUACAAGCUUCACCACGUCGUGCGCUAUCUCAAAUCUCAUCGCGAGCAAGUUCUCCAUUAUCACGAUCUCAACGAAGUCAAUCAUUCACUUCAACAAUCCAGCCGCCAAGUUCACCAGUGCCUUCUAUCGCAUUACCUUCUUUACCGCAUAGUCUUAUACGUCUCGCGACAGCAAAUCAUCAGGCAACCCUAG